CUUGGGAGGAAAGAAAUGGCUCUGCCAUUAUGGUUGAUGCAAUCGUGGCAAGAGCUACAAAAAAUACCCGUCAAUCCCGGCCUCCUAUCUCUUCUUUUCAUCUUUUCACUUCUUUAUGUUUUUAGUCUAAUAUUUAGAAGUGGCAAAACCAAUUUACCACCAUCGCCACCAAAGCUUCCACUCAUAGGCAACCUUCAUCAGCUUGGCACACUCCCACAUCGCUCUUUUCAAGCCCUUUCCAAGAAAUAUGGCCCUGUAAUGCUCUUGCACUUGGGUCAUGCUCCAACCCUUGUGGUUUCAUCUCCAGAUAUGGCAAGAGAAAUCAUGAAGACACAUGAUAUCGUUUUCUCAAAUCGGCCAAGAACCACAGCAGCUAACAUCUUAUUUUACGGUUGUACAGACAUAGGUUAUGCGCCCUUCGGUGAGUAUUGGAGACAAGCUAAGAAAAUUUGUGUCGUCGAACUUUUGAGUCCGAAAAGAGUGCAAUCGUUCCAAUAUGUAAGGGAAGAAGAAGUUGCUUUAUUAACAAAUAUGUUACGUGAGUCGUGCCUCAAACAGACUUCUGUUGAUCUAAGGGAGAUGUUCGUUGCAACCUCAAUCAACAUAAUCUUUAGAUGUGCUCUUGGACAGAAAUUCGGAGGAGAUAGUAAGAGCAAGUUUGGACAGCUAUCAAGAAGGCUAUCGGUGCUACAGACAGCAUUUUGUGUGGGCGAUUUUUUUCCUUCUUUGGGAUGGAUUGAUGUUCUUACCGGAUUGAUCCCAAAUUUGAAAUCCACUUUCAAAGAAGUAGAUGAUUUCUUAGAUCUACUCCUUGAAGAACACCAGACAAUCACAGGUGAUAACUAUGAAAAAUCGAAUAAGAAAGAUUUUGUGGAUAUUCUUCACCAACUUCGGGAGGAUGGUAGGCUUGAAUUUGAACUCACUCUCGACAACCUCAAAGCAAUCGUAUUGGACAUGCUUAUUGGAGGAAGUGAUUCGACUUCAACAAUUUUGGAAUGGUUAAUGGCGGAGCUCAUAAAAAAUCCAAACAUCAUGAAGAGAGCACAAGAAGAGGUGAGAAGAGUGGUGGGUAACAAGCUGAAGAUAGAUGAGAAUGACAUCAACCAAAUGGAUUACUUGAAAUGCAUCAUAAAGGAGACUUUCAGAUUGCAUGCACCCCUUCCUUUUCUAGUACCUCGCGAAACAUCAGCAAGGGUGAAAUUUGGCAAUUAUGAAAUUCCAGAAAAAACCAAAGUAUUUGUUAAUACAUGGGCAAUACAAAGGGACCCAACUGUAUGGGAGAGGCCUGAAGAAUUUCUCCCUGAGAGAUUCAUUGAUAACUCAAUUGAUUUCAAAGGCCAAGACUUUGAAUUUCUCCCAUUUGGUGGUGGGAGAAGGGGAUGUCCUGGACUGACAUUUGGUGUUGCUGCAAUUGAAUAUCUGAUUGCCAACAUAUUAUGCUGGUUUGACUGGAGGUUGCCAGGAGCCAAUUUAUCAGGGAAGGAGUUGGACAUGGGAGAGGUUUUCGGCCUCCUUUUGUCUAAGAAAGUUCCUCUUCAUCUAGUCCCAACACUACAUGACUCUCCUCCAUCCGUCCAUUAAGACCAUAUUUGCAUGAGAUGGUUUUGCACCUAAUAUUGCUCUUUUAUGCAAGAGGAUGAUCCUAGCUGAAAUGGGGAGGGAGCUCAUAAUUCACCAUGCCAUGUGCUAAUUACUUGCUACUAUCAAGGUCAACUUGCCGCAUUCAUUGUGGUGGCUUUCAUUUUACUUUUCAAGUUCGUUUUAAAUAUUGUCUUUGCGUG